UCUUGCAUGUGGAGACACAUAGCAAUGAAUUUCUGGUCCUCCUGGGGUCUUUUUAUCUGAAGUCUGCUGGGGGAUGAAGAGGUCUCCCUGGAGUUAGAAGAACAUUCUGGAAGAGCCUCUAGGCAGAGCAGAUUGCUGUGAUGUUUAGGAUUGGCAGGCGACAGCUCUGGAAGCAGAGUGUCACUCGAGUCUUGACGCAAAGGCUAAAAGAAGAGAAGGAAGCCAAACGGGCCUGCUUGGAUGGGCGGCAUGACUACCUGUUUGCCAUUGUGGCUCUCUGCCUGGACCUGAACAAAGUCGAAGUGGAAGAUGCCAUUCUUGAAGGGAGCCAGAUUGAAAGAAUUAAUCAACUUUUUGUCGUUGGAGGUUCCUGUCAUCUCAUGUUUUACUAUCAGGACGUGGAGGCACCAGAAACAGGACAGGUUGGCUCUCCAGGAGGGGCAAAUUUCGUUUCUGGAAAGGUGAAGAAAUGCAAGGUGUUUGUGACUGAAGGGAGAGACGUUGCUCUUCUGGGUGUGGGUGUGUUCUUCUCCAGAUCUGAUCCGUCCCAGGCCGUGACGACGGAGAACAUCCACCGGGAGCUCAGCUUCAACGUCUUAGAUGCCGCCGAUGGGGGCCUGCUCAACAGCGUGAGGCGUCUGCUUGCUCACGUCUUCAUUCCAGCUCUCAGGGCCUCAAGCCGCGGCUGGGCUGAGCUGGAGGGACUUGAGGAUGCGCCUAGUAUUCAGAAGGAGUUCCUGAACUCUCUGGAAGGUUUCGUGGGCAUCCUGUCAGGUGCACAGGAGAGUCUGAGGGAGAAGGUAAAUCUUCAGAAAUGUGACAUAGUUGAGCUGAAAUCCCCGAAGGAACCCAUGGACUAUUUGGCUCUUGCUAGUAACCCUGAGACGUUGGAAAAAGUAGAGGGUUGUAUGAAAGUAUGGAUCAAGCAGACAGAACAGGUCCUUGCUGAGAACGAGCAGCUGCGGAAGGAAGCGGACGACGCCGGGCCCCGCGCAGAGCUGGAGCACUGGAGGCGGCGGCUCUCCAAAUUCAACUCCCUUGGAGAGCAGCUGAGGGGCGCCGACGUGAAGGCUGUUCUCGCCGUGCUGGCCGCGGCCAGAUCCAAGCUGCUGAAGACGUGGCGGGAGACAGAUGUUCGAAUCACUGAUGCAGUGAACGAAGCAAAGGACAACGUUAAAUAUUUGUACACACUGGAGAAAUGCUGUGACCCUCUGUACAGCAGUGACCCUAUAUCCAUGAUUGAUACUAUUCCUACACUUAUCCAUGCCAUUAAAAUGAUCUAUAGCAUCUCUCACUACUACAACACCUCCGAAAGGAUCACAUCUCUGUUUGUAAAGGUGACAAAUCAGAUGAUAUCUGCAUGCAAAGCUCACAUCACCAACAAUGGGACUGCUUCCAUCUGGAGCCAGCCUCAGGAUGUUGUUAUGGAAAAAAUAUUGUCUGCAAUCAAACUUAAGCAGGAAUAUCAGAACUGUUUUCAGAAGACAAAACAAAAGCUUAAACAAAACCCGAGUGAGAAACAAUUUGAAUUCAGUGAGAUGUAUAUAUUCGGAAAAUUUGAAACCUUCCACAGACGUCUCUCCAAGAUAAUGGACAUCUUUGCAACUUUCAGGACAUAUGCAGUUCUGCAAGAUUCUAAAAUUGAGGGGUUGGAAGACAUGGUCAUUAAAUACCAGGACAUUGUAGCAACCAUAAAGAAAAAGGAAUAUAACUUUUUAGACCAGCGGAAGAUGGAUUUUGACCAGGAUUAUGAAGAAUUUCGCAAGCAAAUUAGUGGACUUCAUAAUGAAUUGCAGAAGUUCAUGGAUGUUACAUUUGAAAAGAUUCAAAACACAAAUCAAGCUCUAAGUAUGUUAAAGAAAUUUGAAAGAUUGAACAUACCUAAUCUCGGCAUUGAUGACAAAUACCGAGUGAUCUUCCAGACCUUUGCAGCUGACAUUGAUAUGAUUUCUAAGCUGUAUACGAAGCAGAAACAUGACCCUCCUUUGGCUCGCAACCAGCCUCCCAUCGCUGGGAAGAUCUUGUGGGCCAGGCAGCUGUUCCACCGGCUUGAGCAGCCCAUGCAACUCCUCCAGCAGCACCCUGCGGUGCUGAGGACGGCCGAGGCCAAGCCCGUAAUCCGCAGUUACAACAGGACAGCCAAGGUCCUCCUGGAGUUUGAGGUCCUCUACCACAGAGCGUGGCUUCAGCAGAUAGAAGGCAUUCACAUAGGCCUUGAGGCAUCUUUGCUGGUGAAGGCACCAGACACAGGGGAAUUGUUUGUGAACUUCGAUCCCCAGAUAUUCAUCUUAUUCAGAGAAACCGAGUGCAUGUCACAGAUGGGUCUGGAAGUCUCACCUUUUGCAGCUGCCCUUUUCCAGAACAGGGAUAUAUACAAAAAGAACUUCAGUAACAUGAAGAUGAUGCUGUCUGAAUACCAAAGAGUGAAGUCAAAAAUGCCUCCUGCCAUUGAACAACUGAUGGCCCCACAUUUGGCCAAGGUGGGUGAAGCUCUUCAGCCAGGCUUGACUGCUCUGACCUGGACGUCACUAAAUAUUGGGACAUUCUUAGAACACGCCUCUUCAAAGAUCAAGAACUUGGAGCUGCUGCUGGAUCGCGUGAAUGAUUUGAUCGAGUUCCGCAUUGAGGCCAUUCUCGAGGAGAUGGGCAGCACACCGCUGUGCCAGCUCCCCCACGAGGAGCCCCUUACCUGUGAAGCCUUCCUGCAAAUGACAAAGGAUCUGUGUGUGAAUGGGGCUCAGAUGCUGCAUUUUAAAAGCUCACUAGUAGAGGAAGCAGUCAGCGAGCUGAUAACUGUGUUACUGGAUGUUGAAGUCCCAUCUAAGGACGGUGGAGAGGCGUCCACUGAGAACACUGUAGAUUCUAACAAGGAAGCCUUAGCAAAAAGAGAAGGAUUUUCUGAGCCCUUGGCAUCUUCCCUGAGUGCUGGAGCUGGCCUGGCAUCUUUGGCAACCACCACAAGAAAGAAGAGAGAGACUGAAAUGUUAGAGGAAGCUUGUGAGCUCCUUUCUCAUUUCAACCAUCAAAACAUGGAUGCUCUCCUGAAAGUAACACGGAAUGCACUGGAGGCCAUUCGGAAACGCAUUCAUUCCUCUCACAUCUUUAACUUUUUAGACAGUAGCAGUGUGUCCAAGAUGAAAGAGAACACGCCUCCCAUUUUCCGGGCCAACAUCACUCUAGCCAUCCCCAACAUCGUGAUGAGCCCUGCCCUGGAAGACAUACAGCAGACACUGAACAAAGCCGUGGAGUGCAUCGUCAGUGUCCCCAAGGGGGUCAGGCAGUGGAGCAGCGAGCUGCCGUGCAAGAAAAAGAUGCACGAAAGAAAAAUGCCUGCCUUGCAGCAAAACGGAGACAGCGAUUCUGACGCUGACGGGGGAGAGAGUGAACUUCAAGAAACCUUAGAGAUAGCUUCUGUCAACUUACCCAUUCCUGUGCAGACCAAGAAUUAUUAUAAGAAUAUUUCUGAGAACAAAGAGAUUGUAAAACUAGUCUCUGUGCUUAGCACAAUUAUCAACUCCACCAAAAAGGAAGUUAUUACAUCCAUGGAUCGCUUCAAACGCUACAAUCACAUUUGGCAGAAGGAGAAAGAAGAAACUAUCAUGACAUUUAUUAUGCAAAACCCUUUGCUUGCUGAAUUCGAGUCCCAGAUUCUUUAUUUCCAAAAGUUGGAGCAGGAGAUUAAUGCCGAGCCUGAGUGUGUCUGUGUGGGUUCCAUAGCACUGUACACAGCUGACUUGAAGUUUUCCCUGACUGCUGAGACAAAAGCCUGGAUGGUGGUCAUUGGCCGCCACUGUAACAAAAAAUUCAAGAGCGAGAUGGAAAACAUUUUUAUGCUUGUUGAAGAAUUCCAUAAGAAACUGAAUCGUCCCAUUAAGGACCUUGAUGACAUUCGGAUUGCAAUGGCAGCCCUGCAAGAAAUCAGGAAGCAGCAAAUCUCCACUGACUUCCAAGUGGGACCCAUUGAGGAAUCAUAUGCCCUACUUAACAAAUACGGACUUCUGGUGGCCAAAGAGGAGCUGGACCAGGCUGACACCCUGCGCUAUGUUUGGGAGAAGCUGCUGACCCGGGCUGGGGAAGUUCAGAACCAGCUGGUCUCACUGCAGCCCAGUUUCAGGAAAGAGUUGAUUAGCAAGGUGGAGGUCUUCCUCCAAGACUGCCACCAGUUUUAUCAGGACUAUGACUUGAAUGGCCCAAUGGCAAGCGGGUUGAAGCCCCAGGAAGCCAGUGACAGGCUUAUCAUGUUUCAGAAUCAGUUUGAUAACAUCUAUCGUAAAUACAUCACCUAUACGGGAGGAGAGGAACUUUUUGGUCUGCCAGUUACACAGUAUCCUCAGCUUCUUGAAAUAAAGAAGCAACUAAGUCUUCUACAGAAAAUAUACAGCCUGUACAACGGUGUCACAGAAACUGUAAAUAGUUAUCAGGACACCCUGUGGUCAGAAGUGAAUAUUGAAAAAAUCACCAGUGAGCUCUUGGAGUUCCAGAACAGGUGUCGGAAGCUGCCCCGGGCCGUGAAGGACUGGCAGGCUUUUUUGGACCUGAAGAAGACCGUUGAUGAUUUUAGCGAGUGUUGCCCCCUGCUGGAGUACAUGGCCAACAAAGCCAUGACGGGGAGGCACUGGAAGAGAAUAUCUGCUCUCACCGGGCACAGCCUGGACGUGGGCCAUGAAACCUUCAAGUUGAGAAAUAUCAUGGAGGCGCCUCUUCUGAAAUACAAAGAGGAGAUAGAGGACAUCUGCAUCAGUGCGGUGAAAGAGAGGGACAUUGAAGAGAAGCUGGAGCAGGUGAUUAAUGAGUGGGACAGCAGAACCUUCUCAUUCGGCAGCUUUAAGAGCCGUGGAGAGCUCCUCCUGAGAGGAGACAGCACCUCGGAAAUCAUCGCCAGCGCGGAGGACAGCCUGAUGCUGCUGGGCUCGCUCCUGAGCAACAGGUACAAUAUGCCAUUUAAAGCCCAGAUUCAGAAGUGGGUGCGGCUUCUUGCUAACUCAACAGACAUCAUCGAGAACUGGAUGACAGUGCAAACUUUGUGGAUUUAUCUAGAAGCUGUCUUUGUGGGAGGAGACAUCGCUAAGCAACUGCCCAAGGAAGCCAAGCGCUUUUCCAAUAUUGAUAAAUCCUGGGUGAAGAUCAUGACUCGGGCUCACGAAAUGCCGAAUGUUGUUCAGUGCUGUGUUGGAGAUGAGACCCUGGGGCAGCUUCUGCCACAUUUGUUGGACCAGUUGGAAAUAUGUCAGAAAUCCCUCACAGGAUAUCUGGAGAAAAAGCGACUGAGCUUCCCUCGGUUCUUCUUUGUCUCAGAUCCCACGUUGCUGGAGAUUCUGGGGCAGGUGUCCGACUCUCACACCAUACAGGCUCAUUUGCUGAAUGUGUUUGACAACAUUAAAACUGUGAAGUUCCAUGACAAGAUCUAUGAUAAAAUUCUAUCAAUCUCCUCUCGCGAGGGUGAGACAAUUGAGCUGGACAAGCCCGUGGUGGCCGAGGGCAACGUGGAGGUCUGGCUUAACUCUCUCCUGGAGGAAUCUCAGUCCUCUUUACACAGUGUGAUUCGUCAGGCAGCUGCGAUGAUUCAAGAGACAGGUUUCCAUUUGACUGAAUUUCUUUCUUCCUUCCCUGCUCAGGUUGGGCUAUUAGGAAUUCAAAUGAUAUGGACACGAGAUUCAGAAGAAGCCCUACGAAAUGCAAAGCUUGACAAGAGAAUCAUGCAGAAAACCAAUCAGUCUUUUCUGGAUCUACUAAACACUCUGAUAGACAUUACCACAAAGGAGCUGAGUUCUGUGGAACGAGUUAAAUAUGAGACUCUGAUUACUAUUCAUGUCCACCAAAGAGACAUCUUUGAUGACCUGUGUCGCAUGCAUGUCAAGAGCCCAACGGACUUUGAGUGGCUGAAACAGUGCAGAUUUUACUUUAAUGAAGAUUCCGACAAGAUGAUGAUCCACAUCACAGAUGUGGCUUUCAUAUAUCAGAACGAGUUUUUAGGCUGCACUGACAGGCUUGUCAUAACUCCACUCACAGACAGGUGCUACAUCACAUUGGCUCAAGCCCUGGGGAUGAGCAUGGGUGGAGCCCCUGCUGGGCCUGCAGGAACGGGCAAGACAGAAACCACCAAGGACAUGGGACGAUGUCUUGGGAAGUAUGUGGUGGUUUUCAACUGCUCAGACCAGAUGGAUUUCCGAGGACUUGGGCGGAUAUUUAAAGGGCUGGCACAGUCUGGAUCCUGGGGUUGUUUUGAUGAAUUUAACCGUAUUGAUCUACCAGUUCUCUCAGUUGCAGCUCAGCAAAUUUCCAUUAUUCUAACAUGUAAAAAAGAGCGUAAAAAGUCUUUUAUUUUUACUGAUGGUGAUAAUGUGACUAUGAACCCUGAAUUUGGACUUUUUCUCACCAUGAACCCUGGCUAUGCUGGGCGUCAGGAACUCCCUGAGAACCUGAAGAUCAACUUCCGCUCGGUAGCGAUGAUGGUCCCCGACCGUCAGAUCAUCAUCAGGGUGAAGCUGGCCAGCUGUGGCUUCGUUGACAACGUUGUCCUGGCCAGGAAGUUUUUCACCCUCUACAGGCUGUGUGAGGAGCAGCUGUCUAAGCAGGUCCAUUAUGACUUUGGUCUGCGCAACAUCCUGUCAGUGCUGCGCACUCUCGGCGCAGCAAAAAGAGCCAGCCCCACGGACGCAGAGUCCACCAUUGUCAUGCGUGUGCUACGCGACAUGAACCUUUCCAAGCUGAUUGAUGAGGAUGAGCCCCUAUUUUUGAGUUUGAUUGAUGAUCUCUUCCCAAAUAUUCUUCUGGACAAGGCAGGUUACCCUGAACUGGAAACAGCAAUUAGUAAGCAGAUUGAGGAAGCUGGCUUAAUCAACCACCCUCCUUGGAAGCUGAAAGUCAUCCAGCUGUUUGAAACCCAGAGGGUGAGGCAUGGGAUGAUGACCCUGGGGCCGAGUGGAGCAGGAAAAACCACGUGCAUCCACACCCUGAUGAAAGCUAUGACCGAUUGUGGAAAACCACAUCGGGAAAUGAGAAUGAACCCCAAAGCAAUUACUGCGCCGCAGAUGUUUGGCCGGCUCGAUGUGGUGACAAACGAUUGGACCGAUGGGAUAUUUUCUACCCUUUGGAGGAAAACAUUGAAAGCCAAGAAAGGGGAACACAUCUGGAUAGUUCUUGAUGGUCCAGUUGACGCCAUCUGGAUUGAGAAUCUGAACUCCGUUUUGGAUGAUAAUAGAACUUUAACCCUGGCCAAUGGUGACCGGAUCCCCAUGGCUCCAAACUGCAAGAUAGUUUUCGAGCCGCAUAACAUUGACAAUGCCUCUCCUGCCACCGUCUCAAGAAAUGGAAUGGUUUUCAUGAGUUCUUCUAUCCUUGAUUGGAGUCCCAUUCUUGAGGGUUUUCUCAGGACGCGCCCUCCCGCCGAGGCGGACACCCUGCGCCAGCUGUACGCAGAGUCUUUCCCGGACCUGUACCGCUUCAGCGUGCAGAGCCUGGAGCACAAGACCGAGGUGCUGGAGGCCUUCGUGGUCACGCAGAGCGUGCACAUGCUGCAAGGUCUCAUCCCUCCCAAGGAGCAGGCCGUGGAGGUGCGCGCGGAGCACCUGGGGCGGCUGUUCGUGUUCGCGCUGAUGUGGAGCGUGGGCGCGGCGCUGGAGCUGGACGGCCGCCGGCGCCUGGAGCUCUGGCUGCGCUCCCGGCAGGAGCCCGCGCUGCCGCUGCCCCCCGCGGGGGACCCCAUGUUCGACUUCUACGUGGACGCCCACGGUAACUGGAUGCACUGGAGCACGCGCACGCAGGAGUUCGUGUAUCCACCCGACAGCACCCCAGAAUACAGCUCCAUCCUGGUUCCAAAUGUUGACAACGUGAGGACUGACUUUUUAAUUAAAACCAUCGCUAAGCAAGGCAAGGCUGUUUUGUUAAUUGGUGAACAAGGAACAGCUAAAACUGUCAUCAUCAAAGGAUUUAUGUCAAAAUAUGACCCCGAAAGUCACAUGGUGAAGAGUCUGAACUUUUCUUCUGCGACCACGCCGCUGAUGUUUCAGAGGACAAUAGAGAGCUACGUGGAUAAACGCAUGGGCACAACAUAUGGCCCUCCUGCAGGCAAGAAGAUGACUGUCUUUAUUGAUGAUGUGAACAUGCCAGUCAUCAAUGAAUGGGGAGAUCAGGUCACUAAUGAGAUUGUAAGGCAGCUGAUGGAGCACAGUGGCUUCUAUAACCUAGAGAAGCCUGGGGAGUUUACCAGCAUCGUGGACAUCCAGUUCUUGGCAGCCAUGAUCCAUCCUGGGGGUGGACGCAAUGACAUUCCCCAAAGACUCAAGAGGCAGUUCUCUGUCUUCAACUGCACCUUACCCUCUGACGCUUCUGUGGACAAGAUCUUUGGUGUAAUCGGGGUAGGCCACUACUGUGCCCAGCGGGGUUUUUCAGAGGAGGUGCGAGAUGCAGUGAUGAGACUGGUGCCCCUGACACGCCGCCUGUGGCAGGUGACCAAGGUUAAGAUGCUUCCCACACCUGCAAAAUUCCACUACGUGUUCAACCUUCGCGAUCUCUCUAGAAUCUGGCAAGGGAUGCUGAACACAACUUCAGAGGUCAUCAGGGAACCUGAUGAGCUGCUAAGGCUGUGGAAACACGAGUGUAAGCGUGUGAUAGCUGACCGCUUCAUUGUGUCUGAGGACGUGACCUGGUUUGAUAAGGCUUUAGUCAGGUUGGUGGAGGAGGAGCUUGGUGAAGAGAAAACACCCGUGGUGGACUGUGGGGUUGACGCUUAUUUCGUGGAUUUCUUGAGGGAUGCACCGGAAGCUCCAGGUGAAACGUCUGAGGAGGCUGAUGCUGAAAUGCCCAAAAUUUAUGAGCCAAUAGAAUCCUUUCAUCACCUAAGGGAGCGUCUCAAUGUGUUCCUGCAGCUCUAUAAUGAGAGCGUCCGUGGCCCUGGCAUGGACAUGGUGUUCUUUGUGGAUGCGAUGGUCCACUUGGUCAAGAUCUCUCGAGUCAUUCGCACUCCUCGGGGAAAUGCCCUCCUCGUUGGGGUGGGUGGAUCAGGAAAGCAGAGCCUGACAAGACUGGCUUCGUUCAUUGCUGGUUAUACCUCCUUCCAGAUCACUUUGACAAGAUCCUAUAACACGUCGAAUCUGAUGGAAGACCUGAAGGUUUUGUAUAGGACUGCUGGUCAGCAGGGCAAAGGAGUCACUUUUAUUUUCACAGACAAUGAGAUCAAAGAUGAGUCGUUUUUGGAAUAUAUGAACAAUGUCCUGUCAUCGGGUGAGGUCUCCAACCUAUUUGCUCGGGAUGAAAUUGAUGAAAUUACUAGUGACCUAACACCAGUCAUGAAAAAGGAACAUCCCAGGCGCCCACCCACCAACGACAACCUGUAUGAGUACUUCAUGAGCCGAGUCCGAGGGAACCUUCACAUUGUGCUCUGCUUUUCGCCGGUGGGGGAGAAAUUCCGAAACCGAGCUUUGAAGUUUCCUGCCCUGAUUUCAGGAUGUACCAUUGACUGGUUCAGUCGGUGGCCCAAGGAUGCCUUAGCUGCUGUGUCUGAACACUUCCUUGCAUCCUAUGCCAUUGACUGUGGUGUGGACACCAAGAAGGAGGUGGUGCAGUGUAUGGCCUCCUUCCAGGAUGCAGUGGCCGAGAAGUGUGCCGAUUACUUCCGGAGAUUCCGGCGUUCUGCCCACGUGACACCCAAAUCAUACCUCUCGUUUAUCCAAGGCUAUAAGCUCAUAUAUGAGGAGAAGCUCAAGGAAGUGCAGACCCUGGCCACCAGAAUGAACAGUGGACUGGAAAAACUGAAGGAAGCUUCGGACUCGGUCGCAGCCCUGAGCAGGGAGCUGGCAGUCAAAGAAAAGGAGCUCGAAGUGGCCAAUGAGAAGGCUGAUGCGGUGCUAAAAGAGGUGACGAUGAAGGCGCAGGCGGCUGAGAAGGUCAAGGCGGAGGUGCAGAAAGUGAAGGACAAGGCGCAGGCCAUUGUGGACGGCAUCUCCAAAGACAAAGCCAUCGCUGAGGAGAAGCUGGAAGCUGCAAGGCCGGCUCUGGAGGAGGCCGAGGCAGCGCUGCAGACCAUCAAGCCCUCGGACAUCGCCACGGUGCGCACGCUGGGCCGGCCGCCGCACCUCAUCAUGCGCAUCAUGGACUGCGUGCUGCUGCUGCUCCACAGGAAGGUGCACGCGGUGCGGGCCGGCGCCGACCGAAGCUGCGCCGCGCCCUCCUGGCAGGAGUCCUUGAAGCUGAUGACCGCCGGCAACUUUCUGCAGAACUUACAGCAAUUCCCCAAAGAUACAAUCAAUGAAGAAGUGAUAGAACUUCUGAGCCCUUACUUUGAAAUGGCUGACUACAACAUCGAGACAGCGAAACGUGUGUGUGGGAAUGUCGCUGGUCUUUGUUCCUGGACCAAAGCCAUGGCUUCUUUCUUUUCGAUAAACAAGGAGGUGCUGCCUCUGAAGGCCAACUUGGCGGUGCAGGAAAAUCGCCACGUCCUGGCCAUGCAGGACCUGCAGACAGCCCAGGCGGAGCUGGACGAGAAGCAAGCGGAGCUCGACAUGGUGCAGGCGGAGUAUGAACAGGCCAUGGCUGAAAAGCAGACUUUACUCGAAGAUGCAGAGAGGUGCAGACAUAAGAUGCAGACAGCUUCCACACUCAUCAGCGGCUUGGCAGGUGAAAAAGAACGAUGGACAGAGCAAAGCAAGGAGUUUGCUGCACAAACGAAACGACUUGCAGGGGAUGUGUUGCUGGCUACAGCCUUCUUAUCAUAUGCUGGGCCAUUUAACCAAGAGUUUCGAGAUCUGCUGUUAAAUGAUUGGAAGAAAGAAAUGAAAUCCCGUAACAUUCCAUUUGGAAGCGACCUGAAUCUCAGUGACAUGUUGAUUGACGCCCCUACUGUUAGUGAAUGGAACCUCCAAGGCCUGCCAAAUGAUGCCCUGUCGGUCCAGAAUGGGAUUAUUGUCACAAAGGCAUCACGCUACCCUUUGCUCAUCGAUCCGCAGACUCAGGGAAAGAUGUGGAUUAAAAAUAAAGAAAGCCAAAAUGAACUCCAGAUCACAUCUCUCAACCACAAAUACUUCCGAAACCACUUGGAGGACAGCCUUUCUCUCGGACGGCCUUUGCUGAUAGAGGAUGUUGGCGAGGAACUAGAUCCGGCUCUGGAUAAUGUGUUGGAAAGGAACUUCAUUAAAAGUGGAUCGACCUUUAAGGUGAAAGUUGGUGACAAGGAAGUGGAUGUUAUGGAUGGGUUUAAACUCUAUAUCACCACCAAACUUCCCAAUCCAGCCUACACCCCGGAAAUAAGUGCUCGAACCUCCAUAAUUGAUUUCACUGUCACCAUGAAAGGUUUGGAGGAUCAGUUACUGGGGAGAGUCAUCCUCACAGAGAAGCAGGAAUUGGAGAAAGAAAGAACUCAUCUUAUGGAAGAUGUAACUGCAAACAAAAGAAGGAUGAAGGAGCUAGAAGACAAUUUGCUUUAUCGGCUGACAAGCACUCACGGGUCUCUGGUGGAAGAUGAGCGCCUCGUUCUGGUGCUGAGUAAUACCAAAAAAACAGCCGAGGAGGUGACACAGAAACUGGAAAUUUCUGCUGAGACAGAAAGUCAAAUUAACUCAGCCCGGGAGGAAUACCGACCUGUUGCCGUACGGGGCAGCGUCCUCUACUUCCUCGUUGCCGAGAUGCGCUUGGUUAAUGAGAUGUACCAGACUUCGCUCCGCCAGUUCCUGCGCUUGUUUGACCUUUCCUUGGCCAGGUCUGUCAAGAGCCCAAUUACAAGCAAGAGGAUUGCUAACAUCAUUGAGCACAUGACCUAUGAGGUGUUCAAAUAUGCUGCCCGAGGCUUGUAUGAGGAGCACAAAUUCCUGUUCACUUUGUUGCUGACUCUAAAGAUUGACAUCCAGAGGAACAGAGUCAAGCAUGAAGAGUUCCUCACUCUUGUUAAAGGUGGUGCCUCACUGGAUCUGAAAGCCUGUCCCCCUAAACCAGCAAAGUGGAUUCUGGACAUGACUUGGCUGAACUUGGUGGAGCUUAGCAAGCUCAGGCAGUUUUCAGACAUCCUUGAUCAGAUAUCAAGAAACGAGAAAAUGUGGAAAACCUGGUUUGAUAAGGAAAACCCAGAGGAAGAGCCUCUCCCAAACGCUUACGAUCAAUCUCUUGACUGCUUCAGACGCCUUCUUCUCAUUCGGUCUUGGUGUCCCGAUAGAACCAUUGCCCAGGCCCGCAAGUACAUAAUGGACUCCAUGGGAGAAAAUUAUGCAGAAGGAGUUGUCCUGGACUUGGAAAAGACAUGGGAGGAAUCUGACCCACGGACACCACUUAUCUGCCUCCUGUCUAUGGGCUCAGACCCCACAGAGUCUAUCAUUGCCUUGGGGAAGAGACUAAAAAUAGAAACCCGUUUUGUGUCUAUGGGCCAGGGCCAGGAGGUCCACGCACGGAAGCUCUUGCAUCAGUCCAUGGCAAAUGGAGGAUGGGCACUUCUACAGAACUGCCACCUGGGGCUUGAUUUCCUGGAUGAGCUAAUGGACAUAAUCACAGAAACUGAGUCUGUCCACGGUGCUUUCCGCCUGUGGAUGACCACCGAGGUUCAUAAGCAGUUUCCCAUUACGCUCCUUCAGAUGUCCAUUAGAUUUGCCAAUGAGCCCCCACAGGGCCUCCGAGCGGGACUGAAAAGAACGUACGGAGGUGUGAGUCAAGACCUGCUGGAUGUGAGUGUUGGGGCCCAGUGGAAGCCCAUGCUAUACGCAGUGGCCUUUCUCCACUCCACUGUUCAGGAGAGGCGCAAGUUUGGUCCUCUGGGAUGGAAUAUCCCCUAUGAGUUUAAUCAAGCAGACUUCAAUGCCACUGUUCAGUUCAUUCAAAACCAUCUAGAUGAUAUGGACAUCAAAAAGGGCGUGUCCUGGACCACCAUCCGCUACAUGGUCGGGGAGAUCCAGUAUGGAGGCAGAGUCACAGACGAGUACGAUAAGAGGUUGCUAAACACAUUCGCCAAGGUUUGGUUCAGCGAGAGCAUGUUUGGAUCAGAUUUCACCUUUUAUCAAGGAUACAGUAUUCCCAAAUGCAGCACGGUGGAGAGCUACCUCCAGUAUAUCCAGAGCUUGCCAGCCUAUGACAGCCCUGAGGUGUUUGGCCUGCACCCUAAUGCCGACAUCGCCUACCAGAGCAAGCUGGCCAAGGAUGUUUUGGACACCAUCUUGGGUAUCCAACCCAAGGACAGCUCUGGUGGAGGGGAUGAGACACGGGAGGCUGUGGUAGCCCGGCUGGCGGACGACAUGAUGGAGAAGCUGCCCACAGACUACAUCCCAUUUGAAGUAAAAGAGAGGCUACAAAAGAUGGGGGCUUUCCAGCCAAUGAACAUCUUCCUCCGGCAGGAGGUAGACAGGAUGCAGCGGGUGCUCAGUCUGGUCCGCAGUACCUUGACUGAGCUCAAGCUCGCUAUCGACGGCACCAUCGUCAUGAGCGAAAAUCUCCGUGAUGCGUUGGACUGCAUGUUUGAUGCCAGAAUCCCAGCUCAGUGGAAAAAAGCAUCCUGGGUUUCAAGUACCUUGGGUUUCUGGUUUACUGAACUUCUAGAAAGGAAUUGUCAGUUUGCGUCCUGGGUUUUCAAUGGCCGGCCCCACUGCUUCUGGAUGACGGGCUUUUUCAACCCCCAAGGAUUUUUAACUGCAAUGCGACAGGAAAUAACUCGGGCCAACAAAGGAUGGGCACUGGACAGUAUGGUGCUCUGCAAUGAAGUCACCAAAUGGAUGAAGGAUGAUAUUUCUGCCCCUCCUGCGGAGGGCGUCUAUGUCUAUGGCUUAUACCUUGAAGGAGCUGGCUGGGACAAGAGGAACAUGAAACUCACUGAAUCUAAACCAAAAGUGCUCUUUGAGCCAAUGCCGGUCAUAAGGAUCUAUGCAGAGAACAACGCCGAAAGAGAUCCUGGGUUUUACUCCUGCCCCAUCUACAAGAAACCAGUUCGAACGGACUUAAACUAUAUUGCUGCUGUGGACCUCAGGACAGCCCAGGCCCCGGGACACUGGGUGCUUCGCGGGGUCGCCCUUCUCUGUGAUGUCAAGUAGUAAGCAAGUGCCUCCAGCCACAGCUUUGCAACAUGCAGAGUAUAUGCUAUAGCCUGUUUUUCUCUGUGAGUGUUGGCCAGUGUAGAAAUCAAAGUGGUCCUCAGUUAAUGAGUUACUAGACUUUCUGUUUCAUUGGAUGAUUAGAUACAUUGUAUGUGUCAUAUCAUUAGGGAUAAACCUCUGCAUUUGUGGGAAAAGUUCUUUAAUGAUUUCAAAACUUAAUUUACAACUUCCUAAUGAAUUAUUGCUCUCAAGUCUCCAAUAAUGUAUUUUCUUCUCAUUUCCCUCUGCAGACUAACUAGCUUAAGGAGUUAUUCUCCUAUUGACAUGUGUCAGGUGACAGGCAGGUUAUGCAGGGUGAUAUGAAAAGUUUGCGGUGAGUUUGCUCCCCUUCUUUUUGCAUGUACGUCAGGUUGGGAUAAUUAUUUUCAGGGCUUCAAGCAGCAAAGUAGAAAGAUCUUUUUAAAAAGGAAAGACUGGAAGAAUUGGUUAAAAUUGCAAAUAGACAAGUCAGGUAAACCUAGAGAAUAACCCUACAUGAUUAUGUUCAAUUGCAUCUGUAAUUAGUGACAAGAAGCCAAUGUAUGCCUAAUAAUAAAGUUAAAGUGAAUAGA